AUGAGGCCCGUCCUACAGGACGGAGACCAAGGACCUCCAGACACAUCACGUGACCGGGUCAACUUGCAAUCUGCCCCACAAGAUAUCAAGGAUUUCGGCCGCAAUGCUCGGUUCCGACUUUCUGGUCAACGACCGACAGUCAUGGAUCAGCACCGGCGGCGGCAGCAGCGAAAGGCGUGUGAUGUGUGUCGUCGUCGCAAGGUGCGCUGCGACAUUGAGUUGCAGCCGGGCGGACGCUGCUCGGUGUGCAGCAAGGCGGACAUUGAGUGCCGAUCCACCACGCAAUGGGCGAAGCCCAGACGGCGCACAACGGGCGCUGCCGAUGCAGGUGCAGGUGCAGACGUUCCCAUUGCUGUUGCUCCGCCCAAGACGGGCAACGAUGCACCGUUGCAGGACAUGGGCAGCCGACAUGCCGUUGAGGCCUCUCCCGAAAGCGGACCACGCGCCCAGGGAAGCGUGUCGGGCGCGGCAUCGACGGCGGACGGCGAUGGCGGUUCGUCGCGGUGGGCUGCACGGACGCUGUCGACGGGCUCCAGCACGGCCACGAAGCCACAACAGCAGGCCAAUGGUGACGGCGAAGCAGGGAGCGACAAGAGGUCAUCAGGCUGUCGACAGGAGCAGCUGGCACGCAGCGGGCUCGCACGGUUCUUCAAGCAAGGCAUCGGGGCGGGGAUCUGGAAGGUGUUUGACCCGACGGACUUUCGGAUCGCAUACGUGGGCACGGCAGCAUCCAACAUGGCGCACCUAGUGGACCUGCACGCAUCACACCGACAGCAGCCGCUGUCUCCUGCAGGAACGGCGACGGCAGCCGAUCCAGGCGGGCUCGGACGGGCGCUGCACUACCCCUACCCGCCGAUCCGACCGCCCAAGUCGUGGAAGCCGAGCGUGCAGGACUGGGGCUUCUCUCUGCCACAGGAUCUGGCGUCGGACGUGUCGUCGUUCCCGGUGCCCGAGGUGCGUGAUGCUCUGGUGGCGGCAUACUUUCGGCACAUCCACCCGAUCCUGCCGGUGGUGUCGAUGCCCGAGUUCCUGGCGGCCUACAGCGAUGCCAGCCGGUCUCCGCCACCGCUGCUGCUCUUCCAGGCCGUGCUGAUGGCCGGGGCCCAUGCGUGCGACCACCCACUCGUGGCGGCCGACCGUCAUGCCGUCAAGAGCGUGCUCUUCCGCCGUGCUGCUCUGCUGUACCACACGCGACACGAGACAGACAGGAUCCACUUGAUGCAGGCCGCCCUGCUGUUCACAUGGCACGUUGGCGACGGCGACACCAUCUCGGGCGGCCCGUGGUAUUGGGCCGGCAUUGCCGUGCGCAUUGGCUGCGGCAUGGGUGCUCACCGUCACAACGCUGCUCUGCCGACACCCGAGGCCGCUCAGUACUGCCGCUGCUGGUGGACUGCCUUUGUGUGCGAGGUCCUAUCGGCCCUCGAGACCGGCCGGCCGUGUGCGGUGCGUGCUGAGGAUAUGGACCAGAUGCUGCCGACCGAUGCCGUCCUGACCGAUGCUCCGGCUGCUGGGGCUGAUGUUCGCGGCGGUGCCAGUGCUGCUUUUCUUAGCCGCAUCGUCGAGCUGUGUUACAUCGGCCUCGACAUCCUCUCGGCCAACGCACCCUCACGCCGGCUUAUCGUCGACAUGGAUGGCAUCGACAACCGUCUCGGUCUGUGGUCUCUGCGAGCCGGCAUCGCGUCGACGCUCAGCCGUGGCGACGGGUCUGCUGCUGCUGCUGCUGUUGCAACCACAGAUGCCGUCAGCUAUACCGCUGCCGAGCAGUGCCAGCUCCGGAUGCACUACGGACUCAUGCUGUUGCACCUGCACCGCAGCUGCCGGUCGCAGACGCCGGCGACGCCGGCCAGCCCGUCCGUCUGCUCAGCGGCUGCGCGCGCCGUCAUCACGUCGCUCGAGACGCUCGCCACCCUGGACGGCGGCCUUGCGGGCUGCCACUUUGCCAGCGUCAGCGCCGUCACGGCCGCGGCCAUCCAGACGGCCCACGAGGUGCAUGAGGCUGCGCUGGCUCGCUCCUUUCUCAUCGUCAUCACGGCACUCGAACAGCUCGCCCGGCUUCUGCGCGUGGCCGAGCUGCUGGCCAAGCACUGGCCCAAUGCUCAGGCCAUCUGCGACGUCUUCCAGGAACUGCAUCAGGAAUACGAGACCUACGUGGCCCAGGACCUUCGCGGAGAGCAGGCCAUCAUCCCCGAGAGCCAGCCCGACUGGAAUCUGCUGCUGGCUGGCGUCCAGAUGUCCCGUCUGAGCGGCGGCCUGGCCUCGGAGCAGGACUGGAUGAACAUGCCGAACAUGCCCUGA